AUGGCAAGGAUACAGUCCAUCCUUCCAAGAGUCAUGCUCUGGGAAAUAUUUGGAUUCAUUCUCUUACAAGGUAUGUUAAAAGCAAGCUGUGUGUUGACAUCUGAGGUCAGCACUGGAGCUUACCUUGACUCCGGCAGAGUGUCUGGCUCUGGAGGACCAACGGGUCCACAUCUUGCUGAAGCAACUGCGGCAAAGUCCAGACCCAAGCGCUGCACUUGUUAUUCCUACAAGGAUAAAGAGUGCGUCUACUACUGCCACUUGGACAUCAUCUGGAUCAACACACCCGAGCGCACUGUGCCGUAUGGAAUGUCGAGCUACAGAGGACCUCAGCGAAUCAGACGGGAUGUUACCAAACAAGCACCUGAACGUGAGCGGGCAAAGACUCAGCGUUGCAUAUGUGUUUCAACUGACUCAGACCCUGAAUGCAGUUACUUUUGCCUGUCAAGCCCGCAUCACAAAGGGCCAAUCAGGAGUCUCCACAGAGUCCCUGGAUGACAGUUUGACUCCUCUCAUCUUUAGCUGUU